CUCUCUGUACGUCAGUCACACGUGGAAAGUAAACCACAACAGGUACACUCCUCUGUUAGUCACUGCAGUCACUCUCCCUCCCAGUACUUUGCCGUGACAACGCUGCUACAGCUGAAGGCGAGGUUCCGGUGUACUGCUAGACACUCCUACAGUCUGUACAAGCACCAGUUACUCAUACAGUCACUCGACAGCUAUGAGAAUGAAUACCUUAGUCCUCGUGGUGGUAGCUUGUGUUGUUGUUGGGAGUUUAUCCUCACCUACUCCCUCCGAUGCUCUGACCGAGACUCACCAAGACUUGACGACCAUAAUUCCAAGUGACUCAACUUCUGAUGAUACGAAAGAGAAACCUCAUGAUCGCAUCCUCAACUGGGGACCCAACAGUUUGGGAGGUAAUGGGUUUGGUAACUUUGGAAGCGUAGGGCAGUACCCGAACACACCUAACGUGCACAUGCCCAGUCAACAGUACCCAGGAGGACUGUACCCGGGCCACCAAAACUUGCCCGGAAAAUGGCCAGUGGUGCACCCCGGCCAACAUGGGUCGGAGCCGAGGUACCCCACAACCGGGUGUAAAUACUACUGUUCACGUUACAACCCUUGGGACAUCUAUUGUUGUGAAGAGUCAACUUCAUACGGGAAACUUCAGUGUCCAGAGAUAAGAGAAUCCUGCCCUGGCAGCUUUCGUCACAGCGCCUUGCAAUACUGCGUACAGGACAGAGAAUGUCAGUAUGGUCAGAAAUGCUGCUUCGAUGUGUGUGUACAUCGACACGUGUGUAAAGCUGCUGAGCGACGGUAUGGUUGAACUCUCCUGCCAUACCUCACUAGCAGUCACACUCACCAAGAAUUCAGUCUUUACUACAGUACUACUACCGCCAGACACUCUUGGUACUUAUACACUCCAAUUCUCAGCUUUACUCCUGUUAUCAAUCGUCACCAUGUCUGAAGGGCCCCACAUUAGUCUGCGAUGUCCCGCGACCAUUACCAGCGGUUACUAGGUGUGUGGUGCCCCAUGGCUACUGCUUUAGAUUCUUCGCAGACCAUCAGUAAUUUCAGUAGGCGUCACCAAACAAUAAUCACAAUAUAUUGAUCGCAAUGUAUUAGGUGUUGCAGCGGUUUAGAGGUUGCUAGUACUUCAAUUUUCAUAAACACAGCUAAUGAAUAACUCUGGUAAAUUGCUGACCUGCAUUAGGAUUCCUGUAAGAUAACAGCGUUUCAAUAAGCGUUAGGGUUCAUGUGAGUGUAACACAAGAAGGAAAAAAUAAUGUUAGCCAUUUUACCCAAGAAACAGUUAAGACAUUUUUAUAUUAAAUGGUUACUGAAAGUAUUAAUUUUGCAGCUAUGAAUUUGGUCAAAGAUUUUCUUGUAAUCUAGAAUAUACUGUACACAAUUUACGAUGAGCCACUUCGGCCUCAGUGUGCCUAAAAUAAUAUCUUAAUUAUGUAUUGUUAACUUACAUUUUAUCCGGUA